UAUAUUUACCUACUUACUUAAGCUACUAAGUUUCCUCUCGCCCCACGCCCCCGUACACUCUGUGGUAUUUGGUAUGACUUUGUAUUGUCAAGCUCACAAGUUGACAGACAGACACUGACUGAUUGACUGACUCAUUGACAGUCGACGAUCUUACUAUUAUUGUCAUAGGAGGGUCUUCGCAGAUAUACUAAAUUAAUCUUGGAUAAUUAAAUUUAUCAAGUCUCCCCCACGGUUUCCACCAAGGAAAUAACAGAUUACUUAUUUUAGUUAAAUUUAUCAGAAAUCCAUUUUACUUUAAUUUUUCCAUCGUAGUCCACACCGGCUAUCCGUUUAAUUUAAUUAAUAAUAAGAUGGAUUCCUUACAAUUAGUUUCAUCAAAUAAAAUAUUUGGAGGCUACCAGAAGAUAUAUGCACAUGAGUCCUCAGAAUUGAAAUGCAAAAUGAAUUUUUCAAUCUACUUACCACCACAAGCUGAAGGGGGUGAUGUCAAUCUGCCUGUGAUAUUUUAUCUGUCAGGACUCACUUGUACUGAACAAAACUUCAUUACUAAAUCUGGCUUUCAAAGAUAUGCUGCUGAACACGGAAUUAUUGUUGUGGGUCCAGAUACUUCUCCUAGAGGUAUAAAGUUACCAGGCGAUGAUGACUCUUGGGAUUUUGGAGUAUCUGCUGGAUUUUACCUUGAUGCUGUUACUGAUCCUUGGUCCAAACAUUAUAGAAUGGGCAGUUAUAUCGCUAAGGAAUUGUAUGAAUUAAUUCAAAAUGCUUUCAGUGAUGUGGUAGACCCUGCUAGAUUCGGAAUUAUGGGGCAUAGUAUGGGGGGACAUGGCGCACUGAUUUCCACUUUAAGAAACCCUGGUUUAUUCAAAUCAGUCAGCGCUUUUGCUCCUAUUUGCAAUCCAAGUGCGUGUCCAUGGGGUGAAAAAGCUUUUACUGGAUACCUGGGUACGGAUAAGAGUCAGUGGGCAGAAUGGGACGCGACUGAGCUUGUAAAAAAAUACGAUGGACCCCCACUCACUAUGCUUAUUGAUCAAGGCGCUGGUGACAAAUUUUAUAUUGAGAAGCAACUUCUACCCGAGAAUUUAGUAGAGGCAUGCCGCUCAGUUGGAGUUCCAGUGAUACUGAAUUUGCGGGAGGACUAUGAUCAUUCUUACUACUAUAUAUCGACUUAUAUUGGAGAACAUUUCGAUUUUCAUGCUAAAAUUCUUAAAGCAUAAGCCUAACAGUGGUUGUUCAGUAUUUUAUUCUGAAUUCCGUCUCUGAAAUAUAGAUCGAACCAUUCUCAAAUUUCAGAUACCCUGUAAUAAUAUAUUUACUACAUACUAUACUAUCUAAAUGGAGGUGCAUUUAAAUAUUGUUAUUGUUUUUUGU